GCUGUUGGGUCCCAGCGCGUGGCAUCCGGAUGGCCUCGGAGGUGCUGCUGGCUGAGGUGAAGCGUUGGUUCUAUGCGCAGGACGGCUUCGCAGACGAGGCUUUUGCCUUCGCUGACCAGCAUGCCGACUUCUUUGAGGCAGCUCGAAACUAUUUCGACAUGGGUGGUGAAGAGCACCGCCUGGAUUGGACGGAGCUCCACCAAGCCUUCGUGGCCGACUUUUCUGGCCGCUUAGAGGCCUUCUUGGCUCUCCAAGGCUCGGGCCUGGAGGGCCUUAGCGCUGCCUUCGAGGCCGUCGAUCUCGGCGACGACCCUCAGGCUGCCGUGAUGGUGCAGCUGAUGCUGAACAUGGCGGACUACGAGCCAUGGCUCCAGUCGAUGCUGACGCUUGUGGAGGAGCGCCGGAAGGAGGCAGCAGAUGCAUCCGGAUCCGAGACCGGUCACUCGCUGGCAUGUGUCCUCAGGUCCUCGUUUGUGGUCUUUCAGGGAAAGCCCGUAGCAUCUGCCCACAGACUCCUCGGAUCGUUGCCUUUUGAGUGGAGUGACUGGAACAGAUGCAUGGAAUCCUGCACGGUCAAGCUGCUAGACAUGGCAUACGUCAGCACACAGCUGCUAGGUCCAGAGCCGCCAGCGGAGCCGGCACAGUCUGCGGAUGACCUGGAUGCCGCGGCUAUGGCCCUGGAGAUUGGGCGCGGUCUGGGUGGAGAGUUGAAGGUGCCGGUCUUCUUGUAUGGGGCAGCCCGGGAGGAUCGGCGGCCGCUAGCAGAGCUGCGGCGCAGCUUGGGGUACUUCGGCGGCGCUGCUAAAGGCGAAUGGUCUGGUCUCUCUGAAGAGAUCAAGGCCGCCAUAGUAGCGCUGCCUGCAGACUGUGGGCCCAAGGGGGAGGUUGACGAGCGCUGCGGCGUGGCCUCGGUGGGAGCG